GAAGUUAAGUUGGCAGUUGCUUUGUGGCAUUUGCCAGCGACAGACACGCGAAUCGCGUAGCGAAGCGAGCGAACGAAAGAGAGCGAUUACUAAUUAAAGUGUGGGACAGAAAGAGACAACAAAUUAUAGACAACGCCGCAGAUUUGUCGUCUAUCAUUUUUGUUUGGUUUGCUUGACGCCGCCGGGCGCUUGUCGCUGAGCUUAGCUUGAGUUCGCUCCAAGGUUAAUGAGAUGUCAUUUUUUCGCAAUAUACGUUCAUCGUUGGCAUCGGCCACGUCGUCGCGCAAAAGUUCCUCACGCGACACAACACCAGUGCGCAGCUGCAACUCGCGUCCGGCCAGCGUGAUUAGUUCCCGUCGGGAUUCGAGCACGAGUUCAACGCUUCAGCGUGGAGACACUUUUAUACUGAAUGAUGAGGAAGAGGAGCAGCAACAGCGACCCACAGAAUCGAACAGCAGCACGCUGGAGAAGAAGUCAAAGAAGUCAAAGGUGUUUAGCAAAUUCAGCACAUUCACGAAGCGCAAGAAAACCCCUUCACCCGAGGAGGUGGCCAGCUAUGAGCAUCAUCCGAGUGACACGGCUACGAAUACCUACUACAAAUGGCGCAGCGAUGGCGAUCGCAUGUUGGACUACGAUGCGCACUCGGAUCCCUUUAAUUUCCUCUACGAGCAGCAGGGCAGUGGCCACAAGAGUCGUGCACAGGAACGUCCCUCGAGUCUGGGUUCCAAUUCAAGUGGCAGCUUUGAUUCCAGCACUUAUCGCAAAAGUAAAACGCCCACGCAUUUGCGAGAGCAGCUGGAGCAGCUGAAAACGCAUUCCAAUGACGAUCUGCUCGAGGAGGAUGAACGUGAAAAGUACAAAACGGUCACACUGAGCAGCUUUCGCAAAUCCUUUCGCGAUCGCCUGUUGCAGCAGCAAAAAGAGGCACCCCAUAAUCCAGCCUGGUUUGUUGAAGUGCCACCGCCGCCAGCAACAGCAAAUGGAGGUGGAACAACAUCGCGUGGCGAGUCCAAGGAGAACCGCCCCGAUUUUCUCGUCUUCGACAAUGAGAAUUAUCGCCCGCAAUCGCGUUCCCCACUGCGUGAUCGCCCCUCGCGCUCUGUCACCCGCUCGCCCGUCAAACGCAAUGAGACUUUUCGCGUGGCUCACCCCACAGUGCGUCAUCUAUCGCCAUCUCCAACGCCGUCGCCCGCUGCCAGCUCCAUACGCAUUGAGAUCAAGAACUCCAUACUGCCGCACUCCCCGGGCCGCCUAGUGCCGGUGGGCGUGGCCAAGCCCAUGCCCACCACGGAGUACUAUGCACAGCGGCUGCUGGCCAACAGUCUGGCGAGGCAGACGCCUUCCCAACAGCAGAGUUCAGGCAAAUGGCAUCGUUCACCCACGCGUUUGACAGGCAUAAGUCAGCUGCAAUCAUCGUCCGCUCCACAACGCAGCAGCGGACGCUAUCAGACCACUGUGCACAUUGGCAGCGAGUCGAGCAAAUUGGCAGCGUCGCCAGCUGCGCUGCCUGCGCGAGGACGUGCGCCAACACGUGUUCAACUCUACGGCAGUAAACCGAGCAAUCGACAGCAGCAGCACCAGCUGCAACAACCGUCGGCCACAUACUUUGGCGGUCACUAUAAUGCACCUGCCACCAGUACGGCGAUCAAUACGGUCAGCAAACCUCUGGCUAAUUCUAGAGCGAGCGUGGGCAACACCAGUGCCAAUUGGGGGCGUCGCAUCGAGCAGCCGUCGCCAAGAGUUGUCGCCCCCGCGCAGCGACGUAAUCGAUCUCCGAUCAAGAUUCCAUGGCGAUAGAUCGCAUACCAACUUUAUUCGAACUGCGAUCAGUGAUCGAGCGAUUGUUGUUUACAAAUUGCAAAUAACUUUAGCACGCUAGUGAAGAGCGCGUGACACGAAUAGUUUUACGAGUAUAUGCGAUAGUCGAAUUAUAAUAAAUGAAUUUAAUUUAUAAAAA